AUGAUGAGCGAAGCACCUGGAAUGACUGCUGUUACAGUAGCUACUUUUAAUGAUGAAUUAGCAAAAGAAGAAGACGCAGGUAAGGAACUAAAUGGUGGGCUGUCGGAAAAAGCAAAUUUGUAUGACGCAGAAAAAGCCUCUGCAGACAUCGACAAAGCACGUGAAAUGACCGAAGCAUCCAAUUUGUGUACUGAAACUUGCAAAUCACAGAGUGAUGAUUACUGUGAAAAAGUCACUGAUGACGAGAAGAAACAAUCAUUGCGCGUGCAAAUACGUAAUAUUCCUCAAUUCUUUAAGUAUAAACAAGUCAAGGAAAUGCUUUCAAAACAUUUAAGCAAGUUUAAAGUGAAGAAUAUCCGUCACGUGGGCACGACAGUAUUCUUAUCUCUUCCAACACCAGAAGAAGCUAUCACUGUUGUUAAUAUUUUUGAUGGUCUCGAAAUAAAAGGACGGAUUUUAAGAUCCAGUUUAGCUCGACCACAACCACCAAAAGUUCCACCAAGUGCAGAUCUGGUGAGACGUACAGCACGUGAACGUGUAACACCUCUAGCAGAUAAGCUUUACCAUGAACAGCUGGAAAUUAAAAUGCACGACGUAAAACGUACUGCAGCUAGCUUGUUAAAAGAGAUGAAAAUAGCACGAGUACAUGGAGUUAAUAAGAUUGGUAUUGAAUCACUGAUAAAACCUAUUCAUCCUUCACCACGCAUAACUGGUUAUCGAAACAAAUGUGAAUUUACAGCUGGUCACAGUAUCGAUGGCGAUAUCUGUGUUGGUUUUGUUGGUGGUAAAUUUGCUGCUAAUCAGCAUUAUAUUUUGUCGCCGGAUACGUGUGAUAAUAUCUCAAGCCGUAUGAAACGAGUUGUGGAAGCUUUUCAGGGAUUAAUUAUUGAAAGCGGUGAAGCGCCUUUCAAUGAAUUCGAGCGAAAAGGUGUGUGGAAGAUGCUUUCUAUUCGUGAAUUUGGUAUGGACAUGAUGAUUAUUGUUACUAUAUAUCCAAUGCAAGACAAAGAACGCGAGAAUGUUUUGAUUAAAAUGGUAAAAGAUAAGUUUAUUCAAUCAACCAAUACACUCAAUGAAAAGAACCUUAUUAGUGUUACAUCACUGUAUUGGCAGCGGUUGGCAAAUGCCAGUGAUCCAGUCAAUUAUGAAUUUAUUGCGGGUCUUCCUUACAUUUAUGAAAACGUCCUCAAUGUGCGUUUUCGAGUUUCACCUUCAUCUUUCUUUCAAACAAACAGCUUUGGAGCCGCUGUAUUAUAUAAGGUGAUUGCUGAGCAAUGUGGAUUAUGCAUUACUAAUAAUGCUGGCAAAGCUGGCAGUUCAAACAUCAAAACAUUUCCGAACAAAGAUUGCGGAGGAGAAUUAUGUGAUGGCUUGAAAACUUCUGUAGAAGUAGGAAAGGAUAAUGAAAAGCAGGUAACUGUAGUGCUGGAUAUUUGUUGUGGCACUGGAACAAUCGGGAUAACUUUGAUGAAAUUGGGGCAAAACACUGAUCGUAAAUUUUUAUUAGGUGUUGACAUUAGUCCUGAAGCGAUUGAAGAUGCGAGAAUGAAUGCAAAAGAUAAUAAAAUUUCUCCUGACAGUUAUGGAUUUAUUUCUGCUAAGGCAGAAGAAGUUUUUCAUCGUUUAGAACGAGUUGUACCAAAAUGGGUUAAUUUGAAUACAGCUAAUAUAGUGGGAGUUAUUGAUCCUCCUAGAGCUGGCGUUCAUGAGAAAGUGAUUAUUGGAUGCAGAGCGCUGCCACAAUUGAAAAGAAUUGUUUUUGUUUCCUGUAAUCCGUGGUUAGCGAUGAAAAAUAUGGUGGAUAUUUGUCGAUCAACAUCCCGAAAGUUUGAAGGUGAACCAUUUAAGCUGAUAUCCAUUACACCAGUCGAUAUGUUUCCGCAAACUCGUCAUUGUGAAUGGGUUGUUCGAUUUGAAAGAUGA